AUGAUCAUCGGUAUCAGCGGUUCGCUGUCUAUUGUCUACUGCACCAUCGGUCUUUGGGCACUCGAGCGCUUCGGUCGUGUCAAGCCCCUCAUCAUCUCCGCUGCUGGUCUUGGAGCCGCUCUCGUCUGCAACGCCGCCAUGUCUCAACAUCUAAACCCCAACAAUGGGAACAUGCUUCGCGCAAUGGUCGCCAUGAACUUUGUCUUCUCGCUCUUCUACACUCCUCUAGGUAUUAUCUCUUGGGUUUACCCUGCUGAGAUCUUCCCGGUCGAGGUCAGAGCUUUCGGAAACGCGACAACGACAUUUACCAACUGGGUACUCAACCUCAUCUUUGCUCAGUUCACUCCUCAGGCCCUGAAGACGAUUGGCUUCCGCUACUUUUACGUCUUCUUUGUCUUCAACGUGAUUGCAAUGCUCUGCUACAUCUUCUUCUAUCCUGGUAAGUUGUGUCGCUGUCCAGACCGUCUGAGCACUCUGCUAACAAAGCUUGCACANGAAACCAAGGGCAAGACCCUUGAGCAGAUGGACGAGCUGUUCGGUGACCAGUUGGUGCCUCACGCUCUUGAAGAUCCAAAGGGUGCCGCUAUUGCCAUGGAGAAGAACAACUUUGCGAUGCACGAGGAGGUUGUCAGAGAUUGA